AUGGGCUGGGCAGUGGUAAGAGAUACAGCAGGAACAAGAAACGAACCGAGAUUUGUCCAGCUCCUCCUGCACUAUGGAGAAAACCAUGAGGUAAUCGAUCCGAGCCUGAAAGCGGCCGUGCUUCAAGAUGGACUACGAAAAACCUUUACUCAGUCAGGAACCGAGCAUAUUGCACGGAUGUUGUUAGCGGCCGGGGCGGACCCAAAUUUUCUCGGCCGCAAGGCGCGGGUUAUUCCCCUGGCUGAUGCUGUAAGCAGAAGAAAUGUUGCCAUGGUCAAGCUUCUUGUCGAAGAGGCUGGUGGGAAUCUCAACCUUCUCAAUGACCGCCAAGAAGGGCCGUUAUUAGAAGCGGCUGUACGUAUGCAUGGCUUUUGGUGGAAAGUCAAUGAUGGCACAUUUCACUAUGCUGCUCUGGCGAGGCGGUGUCGACGGUCGCCAGCCUCGAAAGCACAGGUAGAUACUGAGGCCAUGGCCGAAAUGGUGGCCAUGACAGCUUUUAUUCUGGACCUCGGGGCGGAUAUUCGCCGGGGCGGAGGGGAUCUGGAAUUGGCGAAUGCAAUCAAGUCUCACAACGCAGAACUAGCCCAGUUACUGCAGGCACGAGGGGCCCGUGUUCAAGCGUUGAAUGAUUCGGAUCAGCCGGCUCUCGAGCUUGCGAUUCUGAACGGCGAACUUCCGAAGGCAGAAGAAUUGAGAGGAAUUUCGAACCCAAUGCGGGCUAAGGGACGAUUGACCCUUGAAUUCCACAGUCCCUGA